AUGGCGUCUCAAGAUUCUCAUAUGUUGAUGAUGCUCGUGAGCUUCUUUUUAUCCACUCUUUUAGUCACUACUGUCCAUUCUAAACCUCAGUGUCGGAAUUUCGAGUCGAUCAUCAGUUUCGGUGAUUCCCUUGCCGACACCGGAAACUUGAUCGGUCUUUCUACUCCUUACGAUCUUCCUGAAUCCGCGUUUCCGCCGUACGGAGAAACUUUCUUCCACCAUCCCUCCGGCCGUUUCUCCAACGGUCGCCUCGUCAUUGACUUCAUCGCUGAGUUCUUAGGAUUACCACAUGUGCCUCCUUUUUAUGGAUCUCACAAUGUAAACUUUGAGAAAGGAGUUAAUUUCGCGGUGGGAGGAGCAACGGCACUGAACUGUUCUUUUCUUCUUGAGAAGAGAGGGAUUCAUUGUCCUCAUAGAAACAUCAGUUUAGGAGUUCAACUUCAGAGCUUCAAGGAGACUUUACCAAAUCUAUGUGCCUCGCCAUCAAAUUGUAGAGAUAUGAUUGGAAAUGCUUUGAUUCUCAUGGGAGAGAUUGGAGGGAAUGAUUAUAAUUACCCAUUCUUUGAUCGCAAAAACAUUGAGGAGGUCAAAGAUCUUGUUCCGCUAGUGAUCACUACUAUUUCUUCAGCAAUCACGGAGUUGGUCGAAAUAGGAGGAAGAACAUUCCUAGUUCCUGGAGAUUUCCCGCUGGGAUGCUCUGUAGCCUAUUUGACAUUAUACCAAACAUCAAACAAGGACGAAUACGAUCCUGUGACAGGAUGUUUGAAAUGGCUAAACGAGUUUUCGGAAUACUACAACAGCCAGCUUCAAGCAGAACUCAACAGACUAAGGAAGCUUUACCCUCCUGUGACCAUAAUAUACGGUGAUUACUACAACGCUUUGUUGCGGCUUUUCGAAGAACCAUUUAAAUUCGGACUCAUGAACAGACCCUUGUCCGCUUGUUGCGGUUUAGGUGGACCGUACAACUUCAACUUUAGUACAAUAUGUGGGACUGUAGGAAUUGAAUGUUGCAGUGACCCUUCAAAGUAUGUGAAUUGGGACGGCAUUCAUCUGACGGAGGCUGCAUACAGAUGGAUAUCUGAAGGAUUACUCGAGGGACCGUAUGCGAUUCCUCGUUUCGAUUGGUCUUGCAUAAGCUCCAAGUGUCGGAAUUUCAAGUCGAUCAUCAGUUUCGGUGAUUCCAUUGCCGACACUGGAAACUUGGUCGCUCUCUCUGAUCCUAACAGUCUUCCUCACGUCGCGUUUCCUCCGUACGGAGAGACUUUCUUCCACCAUCCCACCGGUCGUUUCUCAAACGGUCGCCUUGUAAUCGAUUUCAUCGCUGAAUUCUUGGGUUUACCGCUUGUUCCUCCUUUUUAUGGAUCUCAAAGUGUAAACUUUGUAAAGGGAGUUAAUUUCGCGGUCGGGGGAGCAACAGCACUGGAACAAUCCUUUCUUGAAGACAGAGGAAUUCAUUUUCCUUACACCAAUGUCAGUUUAGGUGUUCAACUUAAGAGCUUCAAAGAGAGUUUGCCUAACCUAUAUGGCUCACCUUCAGACUGCAGAGAUAUGAUUGAAAAUGCUUUGAUUCUCAUGGGAGAAAUUGGAGGCAACGAUUAUAAUUACGCAUUCUUUGUUGGCAAAAGCGUCGAAGAGAUCAAAGAGCUGGUUCCACUGGUUAUCACUACUAUCUCUUCUGCAAUCACGGAGUUGAUCGGUAUGGGAGGUAGAACAUUUCUGGUGCCCGGAGAGUUCCCACUUGGAUGCUCAGUAGCCUAUUUGACAUUAUAUAAAACAUCAAACAUGGAAGAAUUCGAUCCUCUAACAGGAUGUUUGACAUGGCUGAACAAGUUUGGAGAAUACCACAGCGAUCAACUUCAAGCAGAGCUCAUAAGACUCCAGAAGCUUUACCCUCAUGUCAACAUCAUAUACGGUGACUACUACAACGCGAUGUUACGGAUUUUCCAAGAACCAACCAAGUUCGGGUUUAUCAACCGACCGUUGCCUUCUUGUUGCGGCGUAGGAGGAACGUACAACUACACGGUCGGUGUGCAAUGUGGCAUUGGAGUAGUGGAGUGUUGUAGUGAUCCUUCAAAGUAUGUGAAUUGGGAUGGUGUUCAUUUGACAGAGGCUGCAUACAGAUUGUUAGCUGAUGGAUUACUUAAUGGACCUUAUGCGAUUCCUCCUUUCGAUUGGUCUUGCCUCAGCUCUGAAAUUAAGAACAAGGAGUCAUUAGACACAGAGUAG